AUGUCAAACAACACUACAGGAUCGACCAGUUUGUCGGGAGGAACUUCUACAUUUGAAUACGGACCCAGUUCGAGCUACGAAAGUUCGUCGAUAUUUGAUAGCACAAGCGCCUGGUCGGAGUACCCCAGUAUUGGUAUCUCUUCAGGCUGGAAUGGAUAUUCUUCUGUCUUGUCACAUCAGACAUCUUUGAAAUCUUCACCUUACUACCCAACUGAACAUCGAACGACAGAUGGUUAUAUUCGCUCUUCAAGUGAGCGUUCCACAAAGCAUGCCACCAAGCAUGCCACUGAGCUGUCUCCAUUGAGCACGAGUUCAAAGAGGUCGAAGAAGCACUCAAGCUCCACACGCACAAAGUCAAGCUCAGAAAGCUUAGAAAGCUCACAAAUUCCAGAGCAAAGCUCUGCGUUUGCCUCUUCGAUAUCCACAUCAUCAGCUGCAUUGACCAGCUCUUCGAAUCCACAGAAUUCGGUCUCGCAGACUGCCUCUAUUGCACAACAGACUGCAUCUCCAGCUACCACGUAUACGCGACUCCAACCGUAUAUUAUCACUGCAGCCUCCACUACUUUCUCUACUACGCUGACAUCGGUUGCUACCGGAACGCAGGAGUCGACCAGUGUGAUUACAACAGACUUGGCGUACUUCAACCAACACAUACUGACUCAUACGCAAACUCAAUCAUCUGGCUUGAGUCGAGGAGCGAUCGCCGGAAUUGCCAUUGGUUCGAUUCUGGGUUCUGCACUCGCACUUUUCGUUGUAUUUUUAUUUUGCAGAAGAAAAAGAAGGCGAGGUGGUGAUGCUGAGACCCGGUUCUUUUCCGGUUUUGGAAAGUCCAAGCCGGAACGACCACGUUCUGGACCCCCGGUGUUCAAAGCAAGUGAGAAAUACGCAUUUUAUCCUCGAACUCCUGUGACAGAAACUCAACCGAUCUCAGGAACUACAGUACCUGCAUACAGCUCUACGAGAGUUCAGGAGGACCCAUUGGGGCUUUUCGAUCUGAGAGAUGGCCUUUUGCACAACCAGGAGGUUGCUCUGGCUGACUCGACCACCGAGGGCUCUUCUUCGGUUCCAAUCUACGAAUCCCCGGCUCCGCCAACAGAAAGGCUCAUGGAUGUGCUGUACGAGCAAGAUGAAACACCCGAACCACAUCCGGUUUUUUCGCCGACAUACAAAUCGAAACGCUUUGACCGGUAUAACGUCGGAAUCCCUAUACCCUUUGUUUCAGGAGCAGAUACAUUUGCAAAGAAGAAGCCUCCUCCACCACCGCCGCGUGCGAGACGGGCUGGUGUAGCAACUGAGUCUCCCUCAGAAUUUGUGGUCCAAGAUACAUUAUCUUCUAUGCAAUAUAGGCCACCACGGUCUUCUGAGUCUUCUUCUCUGUCUGGAUAUUCAUUUUCAGACGAAGAGGAUGACGAGAGCUGGAACUAG